AUGACAGUGGCAAGUUCAUAUCGUUUCGAUCCACCUCCACCACGCCCGAGGAAGAAGCGGACAGUGGUUCGUCGUGACCGUGAAGGUGGAGCCGAGUGCCUCCAUCGCGAUUAUUUUUCUGUCGAGCCUGUUUAUGGGCCACAAUUAUUUCGCCGUCGAUUUCGUAUGAGCCGGGAGUUGUUUCUACGCAUUGUCAAUGCGCUAGAAGUCGAUCCUUACUUCCAACAACGUCCGGAUGCUAUUGGCCGCUUAAGCUUCUCCCCGAUCCAGAAGUGCACUGCCGCUGUUCGACAAUUGGCAUACGAAACUGCUGUUGAUUGUUGUGACGAAUAUCUCCGUAUAGGAGAGACGACGGCGUUGGAAUGCUUGAAGAAAUUCUGCAAGGCCGUCGUUCGUAUCUUUGGCGGCACGUAUUUGAGACGGCCAACAAUUGCCGAUGGAUGGAAGAAUUGCCCCGUGGCUUGGCACGACGCCUACACUCGAGGGGAUCAAGGCGAGCCAACAAUUAUAUUAGAGGCCGUUGCUUCACAAGAUUUGUGGAUCUGGCAUGCAUUCUUUGGAGUCGCUGGGUCCAACAACGACAUCAACGUGCUCCACCAGUCCACGCUAUUCAACGAUGUUUUAGCGGGGCAUGAAGCGGCUGUGCACUUCCUCGCCAACAAUUCUCACCACACUCGAGGAUACUACUUAACAGACGACAUCUAUCCGGACUGGCCGGUGUUUGUGAAGAGCUUCCAGUUUCCGAACGAUGAGAAGAAGCGGAGGUUCAAGGUGAUGCAAGAAGCUGCAAGGAAGGAUGUGGAAUGA